GACGUUUACUACUAGGUUGACGCUAUAACGGGCCAAAGAUAGCCCUGCCGCCAUUCAACCCCCCCCCCCGUGCCGACCGGCUUGCAAGUCGACGACAUACCCCCCCUCGUCCCCGCCCGCCCAGCCAGCCAGCCAACCAGUCAGGCAUCACGCAGCAGCCAGCCAGCCAGCCAGCCAGCCAGCCAGCCAGCCAGCCAGCCAGCCAGCCAGCCAGCCAGCCAGCCAGCCAGCCAGCCAGCGAGCGUGCAACGCCCAGCGUGCUCCACUCGCUCGCAACAAUCACACCUACCUCCUCCCUGCUUCCUGCGGCUCUGGGUGGGUGGUUCAGUCCAGGCGCUACCUACCUACAUUCGACGCUUGCGCGCCCAUCUUCCCACUCGCCAUCAACGACACUCGACGUUCUCUCCUUCUCCCCUUCCAUCCCGCUCCACUACCCAACAACAUUCCUCGGACUGUGCUCCCACUUUGCGCAAGCCCCAUUCCACUGACGCCACUACCAUCUCGGCCACCACCACAAGGACCACCACAAGGACCAGGACCAGGACCAGGACCGCAGCUCCACCCACCUUCUGGGUAAACCCCUGCCUAGUCUACGUCGAUCGCGGGCGGCAGAGCUCGGCACAGGUUGGUACGACUACCCACACAUGCCCAAAGUAUAUUAGUACCAGCAACGCGCCAAGGCAAAACGACACCACAAGAGAGAGGAAGAGAGACAACAGCGGCCACUUCUUCCCCCCCCCUAAACACACUGCCCGGCGUCUGCAUUCAGUCACCGCCGCCGCCUCGUCCGCCGCCUCCGCCUCCGCCGCCGCCGCCGCGGGACAGACCUUCGUCUUGCUCGCGCUAUCUCAUACACGCAUCACCCACACCCAAGUCACAUCAUGUACAACGGCUCAAACGGCCAGCCCAAGGGCCCUUACAGCGAUCUACCCGCCUACGCCAUCCCAGUCAGCGACCUAUCAGCACCCAACGCGGCUGCCGGUCGGGCAAGCCUCGCCAAAGACUUUAUGGAGCGCGGAGACGGUCGAUCGGCAUUGCAUGGCACCUCGUCGGCAAAUCCGUGGUACGCAUCAAAUCCCACAUCUUCUCGAAACCCCCAACUUGUUUCCUCCAUGUCCCAAGCAAUGUUUCCUCCUCCAGCCUUUCCGCCAGCACCGGCUAGCCAAGAAGCCGAGGGCAGCAACAGCUCCAAGCCCGGUGACAAGAAGAAGAAGCGGCGCGCCGAUGGGGAUGGCCUGUCGGUUGAGGAGAAGCGGACCAAGACGGGGCGGGCGUGCGAUGCCUGCCGGUCCAAGAAGAUCCGAUGCGACAUCCUUACGGCAGCCGCCCAAGCAGCUGGCCAGGACAUUCAGCCCAUCUGCGCCCACUGCAAGCAAUACAGCCUCGAAUGCACCUUCUUCCUCCCCAUCACCGAGACGAGGUUCAAGAAGCGGAGAGCUGCUGCCGAUGACUCGGCAUCUGCCGCUGUCGCUCAACCCAAGACUGAGGCAGCCGGAGCAAGCACCCCGAGUGGAGGCAAGGCGGGCUCGGUGGCCUUCCUUCUGGGCUCGUCGUUGCCGCGGCGCUCAUUCGAGCAGCACGACAUUUCAAAUCACAACCACUGGGAGGUGACGGAAGAUAAGGAAGGUCGUCUGCGAGUGAGUCUCGCCGACGACGGCGAGGACGGUUCGCUCUCAUCCUCGCUCGAAAAAUAUGUGCUCCCAGCCGACACAAUGACCACUCUGCUCAACACAUUCUUCGACUACGACUUGCAAUUCCUGCCGGUCGUAUUGAGACAGGAGCUUUUGGCUGAGAAGCGGGUCUAUCCAUUCCUCCUCUACGCCAUCUGUGGGCUUGCGUCAACCCGUCGCGAAUUCCCCAGGCACAUCUUUCAGCGUCUUCGCGGCGUCCUCAACAGUCUCAUCAGAUCAAACGACUUGUUGAGCAACGCUCGUCUCGAACAUGUCCAGGCCCUGAUCAUCAUGGCGCACAAUGGCGAGAUCAACGCCCAGCCGACAGCUGCGACGGCCAGCGCGUCCAUGCUGCGUGUCACGAUCGCGAUUCGAAUGGCCCAAGAUUUGGGGCUUCACCGCGAGUCCAAGACCCCGGCGAGAACACACGCCGAGAUUGAACAGAUUGAGCUUCGGCGUCGAAUCUGGGCUGUCACAUUAUGCCUCGACUCUUGGUACGGCGCCGCCCUUGGCAAUCCACUCAUUGUGGACAUUCACGACUGCGAUGUGCUCUUUCCGGCCUCGUACCGUGUUGUCGCUGACGCGGAACCAUCAAGUUGGCCAACGGAACUGUCCUACCUUGCGCUCGGCCACCACCUCAAGCUUUGCAUACUCCUCAGCCGUGUACUGCGAACAGUCUACGGACCCGCCGGUCUCCGGAGUGCCACCGAUGCCCAGCUUGAAUCGAUCAUUUCCGACCUUCUCUCAUGGCACGACAAUCUUCCCGAGCAGCUCCGGUACAAGUGCCCCGAUGACCCUUUGUUGGUGGGCAUUCUUCAGCUCGCCUAUACCGCUGUGCAGUUCCUCUUCUGGCGGGCGUUCAUUCGCGUGGCCGAUUCACCUUCGCACAUCAAGUUCACCCUUGAUGUCAAGAAAUGGGCACAGCUGGUUCACAAUUCACGCCUGGCGAUCGAGUGGAUCAAUGCCAACAACCCUCAGCUGGACACGUUCUUCCACAUUCCAUACGCAGCGACCAGCUGUGCGCUCGUGCAGUACCACCACUGGGCGAGACACCGGGACCCGGCUGCACUCGAGACGCUCAAGCUCGUGAAGGACAUGGUCUCGAGGUGGGAGGAGGCCCUCCAGCCCGACCAGAUGAGCAUUCGACGCAAGACGAUGGAGACGAUGACGCUACUGUAUGAGGCGGCGAUCAAGACGAACGCCGAGUCGGAGGACAGCGGGGAGCGCAGUGAGACGCCAAACUCUUCUACUGCUGGUGACCACCCGCCGCCGGCUUUCAAGAAGCGGCGGGCAUCGGGUGCCGACCCCCACGUUGGCUUUUCAGGUGACGUUGUUACCGACGGACCGCAUAUGGCGGCCUACAGGCAUGUGCCAGACCUGUCGCCUCCAGACGAAGCGCCUUUCGAUGCGUCGAUCUUGGACUCGCUCCCGGACGCAAACUUUGACUUCCAGCGAUGGGGCCAGUACUUUGAAAAUGUGGACCGCAUGUUUGCGCCAGUGCCCAAGGAGGUGGACGAGGACGAGGGGGACGAGGAGGAGUACGAGGAGGAUGAGGAGGAGAUCGAGGAAGACGACGAUGCUAAUGGGGCGUAG